GGGGCACGUGCCAUAAUAAAAGCAUGUCACGGUAAAUCCCCCGCCCUCUGCUCUAUUAUAGUGUCUUGUCAGAAAGCGAAAACAGACCGCUGGACGCUGAUCCUAGAUUAUGGAAACAAUUUCACUUUUGCUUCAACACUAAAGUCUCGUGUAUUUCCAUCCGUCCUUGCGAUGGAUGGGAUCCAAACUUUAAUUCAAGAAAGCGUUUAUAUUUCACGAGAGCUGCUGAAGGCAAAAUGUAUCGGUUUCUGUUACUUUAGUGUCUACGCUGCUGUGAGGUUGGAAGUCUGCGUGAUGCCGCAAAUCGCCAACGCGUCUUAACGCUAAAUCUCAACCGUGACUGAGACGCUCAUUUUUUUAUUCACAAUGUCGGAUGAGUCGAUAACUUUACCCAUCUGCCGGCGACUGACUUACGCCGUCGGUCACUUUUUCAACGAUCUCUGCGCGUCUAUGUGGUUUACUUAUUUACUGGUGUAUUAUCAUUUAGUUGUGGGUCUCGAGGACACAAACGCAGGUUUGUUACUGCUGAUCGGACAGAUCGCGGAUGGGAUUUGCACUCCUCUCAUCGGAUACGAGUCCGAUCGGACGGCAGGAUGCGGAAAGUACGGGAAAAGAAAGACCUGGCAUUUAGUGGGAACAUUGUGUGUGUUUGCCUCCUUUCCCUUCAUAUUCAACCCGUGUGUUGGAUGCGAUCAAGACACCCCACAGACAGCAGUGCUCAUUUACGCCAUCCCUUUCAUUAUCAUUUUCCAGUUUGGUUGGGCUGCUACUCAGAUAUCCCACCUGUCACUCAUCCCCGAGCUGGUCACGUGUGAGCAUGCCAAAGUAGAACUCACAUCAUACAGGUAUGCUUUCAACGUGGUGGCAAAUAUUACUGUAUACGCCGUGGCAUGGCUCUUGUUUCACUUUCAGUCACAAGAUUUGCGUGACCCAUCUGGCUCACAGAAUCUGGGCUGGGCUGAUGUUACUACAUUCAGAUAUCUGGCCCUGACUGUGUGGGGCAUUGGUACAGUUUUCUCCAUCAUCUUUCAUCUGGGGACUAAAGAGAGAGUCUGUUCUCAGAACAGUGAACCUGAAGCUGGGGAGUGUCAGCCUCUAAUCCCCCGAUCUUCUCGGACAUCUGGACCUCUGCUCCGAUGGAAGCACUGGCUUAUUGAGCCUGCAUUUUACCAGGUUGCCUUACUAUAUAUGUGCACAAGACUGAUUGUAAAUUUGUCCCAAACCUACAUCCCUAUGUAUCUGACAAACUCCUUAUCGCUGCCAAAGAACUUUAUUGCAUCUAUUCCUCUGGUCAUGUAUGUCAGUGGGUUGGUGUCCUCCCUGGUUAUGAAGCCUGUCAGCAAACGGAUUGGCACAUCUAUGACCUAUUUUGUUGGCCUCUUGCCAAUCAUGGUGUUUUCCUAUUGGGUGUUGCUGGACAUGAACAUGGGUCAGCGGGUUUACGGAGCGGCCGUUCUGCUGGGGUCUGGGUCUGCUGUGAUUCUGGUCAUGUCACUGUCCAUGACCGCCAAUCUCAUCGGAGAUCAAACGCAAAGUGGUGCAUUUGUGUACGGAGCGAUGAGCUUUACCGAUAAGGUGGCGAAUGGACUUGGAGUUAUGAUAAUACAGACAUUACACCCAUCACACAUGCAUGAUUCUGACUGCAUUGGGUUUUACCACAACGUUAUGGUGAUUGUUACUGGAGGUGUGGCUGUUGUUGCAGCCCUUUGUCUCUGUACUAUUUUCAUCUGGCCAAUCAAAAUUCGCAGAUGGUUCAUCACAGACCCGAUGGGUACACAAGAUGAGACAAACAGCUGCGUGAUCAAUGGAAGAGUGAACUGAUGGAAUCAGCAAUCAUUAAAAAAAAACUUUGCGUUUCCUUUUGUGACUUACCGGGAAUAAGGAAGCUGAGAAAUAGGCUUCACUGUGGUCACGGGUGCCUGCCUCAGCAAUUUACAUACGCAGGUUUCUGGAUUAUUCAGACAUUAUCUCCCAAGAGAGUAUUUGUGAAUCAUAUUUGUAAUAUGAACUCGCUUCUGUCACAUGAAGUGAACAAACACAUUUAAGAGAUAAGUAGAUUCUGCUUUUCUGAAAUUUUCUCAAGGAACUUUCCCCAAACAAAAGAUCACAAUAGGUAUAAAAACGUCCAGGUUGCAUUUAUACAUUAUAUUCUUAAAACGUUUAUGUGUAUUUUCAACAGGAUAUAGUUACUGAUCAUACUUCACUGUUGUGCUUUCCUUUUUAUUGUUUUUUUGAGAGCACAUUUCCCCAGGGUUACUUAAAGUAUAGUUUUACUACAGUGACAGUCUACAAACUGGGGUCUCUUUGGAGUUUAAACCUUACACCCUUUAGGUUUUGUGCCCACUAAGCAACACCAGUCUACUGUGGUGUGUAUUAUUUGUCUUCUAUGCACUACGUGGAAUAGUCACGCUAGCUACUUUAUUAACAAAACCACCUAACUAUGAGUCCAGUAAAGCUUGUUUGGGCAGUUUCGGAAAUGCCUGUACUGAACAUUUGAUACUUUUAAUAUGCUCAUCAUCUCACACGUGUCCUAUACCAAAAAACAAGUCCUGCAGCAGUGGUUUAGACAUGUUUCUUUAUAUUUCAAAUGUUAGUUCCUCUCCGACUGGGUCUGCAUUCUACAUUUCAUUGACCAUGAUUAAAAAUAUUUAGUUGUUCAUAGCCUUGAAAACUACCUUGUUAGUUGCAGGAAUAUAACACAUACUGUACAAUAAUUCUGCAUUGACAUUUUGUGUUCACUUAUUGUGCUUUUAAACAGCGGUAACAAGCCUGUCCACUAGAGGGAGACAUGACAAGAAAAUAAUUGUGUCUGCUGUGGAUUUGGGGAUUUUUUCUACAGUAUAUUUUGUAUACCAGAAUUGAUUGUUUUUAAAUGCAAAAUAAUAAACAAUCAUUUACACUUACA